AACUGUUCACAGUGGCCAGAAAAAUAUUUUGUGUCUACAUUAAGGUUUGUCUGGUUGUUUUCAUUACUUUGGUUACCGUUUUGGUAUCAGUUCAUUGCCGUGUACGCUCGCUACAGCUGCAGGAAAACAGUGUGCUUUGGCGCACUCCCGAAGUUUCAGCAGUUUGAUGUUUUUAGCCAACUAGCAACGACUAGUAGCCAUCGAUCAUUGUUGGUUCUAAGUCCCCGUCGAGAUGCCGCUUGGUUUAAAGCCAUGUUGUUCGGUUUGCAAAACAAACUCGUCGUCUAUGUGGAAAAAGGGAAACCAAGGAGAGAUAUUGUGCAAUAACUGCACAGGAAAGAGCAGCAAUGCCGGAGUGUCAGGACCAUCAGCGUCCUCCAACAUACAACAAAACAACGGCGGGGGCAAGCAGUCGAAGCAGGAGAUCCAUCGGAGAUCUGCACGCUUGAGAAGUACCAAAUACAAAGCCCCCGCUUCUGAAAAGAAGGUGUCAACGAAAGGCAAGGGAAGACGACACAUCUUCAAACUGAAAAACCCGAUCAAAGCACCAGAAUCGGUAUCCACCAUCAUCACGUCGGAAUCCGUGUUUUAUAAGGGAGUGUACUUUCAGAUCGGCGAUGUUAUCAAGGUGACGGAUGAGGAUGACGGGAUGCCCUACUAUGCCCAGAUCCGUGGCUUCGUCCAGGACCAGUACUGUGAGAAGAGUGCAGCACUGACCUGGCUGAUCCCCACCCAGGCCAGCCCCAAGGACAGGUUUGAUCCUGGCACUUACAUUGUUGGUCCAGAAGAGGAUCUGCCGAGGAAAAUGGAGUACCUGGAGUUUGUGUGCCACGCCCCGUCGGAGUACUUCAAGUCCCGUAGUUUCCCCUUCCCAACCAUCCCCAUCCGCCCCGAGAAGGGCUACAUCUGGACUCCCAUAGGCCCCCCCCCGCCUGCCAGCGGCUUUAAAGAACCCGUGGGCUCCAGUAACUAGCUGGACGAUCCAUCCGACACAACAUGGACUUAGUCCGCUUCCACGGACGUGUAUUUAUGUAAGAUAUGCCGACAGAGGCUAAAUUGGCUGUGUUGGACACAGUGGAAGGACUUGGAAAAUAAUUUGAUUGACAAGCUCUCUGAAGUACGAUUUUUUUUCCGAUUGUACAACCUGCUAAGACUAUUUUGUAAGAAACAAAUACCUUUUUUAAAUGUUGUCUGUGUCAACCGAAUUCGUCCUAUGUUUUCCUUAAAUGGUAUUGCACAACGUCAAGUAAAGGAAAAAAAAGUACAAGAAUAAAAAAAACAUGUACGUAACUUGGA